GUAGAAGCAGUGAAAAGUUUUCUCCUAAAAUGCAAGUGACCAAGUCGACUUUUCUGUUGGUAGCUCUGAGCCUCAGUGUCAGCUCUGUGCUAGGCAACCCUAAGCCCUUUUUCGGUUUUGGACUUUUACCGGAUUUGGGUUCAUUAGUUGGAAAUGCUAUUCAUACUGGUAGCGAUUUAGCUGGAAAUUUGCUCAAUUCAAGUGCUAAUUUGGCUGAAAAUUUCAUCAAUAAAAGCGCAAGUUUAGCCGGAGACUUGAUUAAUACUAAGGCAGGAAUAGAUGGAAAAUUGCUUAAUGCAAGUGCUAAUUUGGCUGGAAAUUUCAUCAAUAAAAGCGCAAGUGUAGCUGGAGACUUGAUUGAUGCUAAAGCCGGAUUAGAUGGAAAAUUAAUUAAUGCAGGUGCUAAUUUGGCUGGAAAUUUGGUCAACUCAAGUGCAAACUUGGCUGGAAAUCUGCUCAAUUCAAGUGCUAAUUUGGCUGGAAAUUUCAUCAAUAAAAGCGCAAGUGUGGCUGGAGAUUUGAUUGAUGCUAAGGCCGGAUUAGAUGGAAAAUUAAUUAAUGCAGGUGCUAAUUUGGCUGGAAAUUUGCUCAACUCAAGUGCUCAUUUGGCUGGAAAUCUGCUGAAUUCAAGUGCUAAUUUGGCUGGAAAUUUCAUCAAUAAAAGCGCAAGUGUAGCUGGAGAUUUGAUUGAUGCUAAAGCAGGAAUAGAUGGACAAUUGCUUAAUGCAAGUGCCAAUUUGGCUGGAAAUUUGCUUAAUUCUAGUGCUAAUUUGGCUGGAAAUUUCAUCAAUAAAAGCGCUAGUUUAGCUGGAGACUUGAUUAAUGCUAAAAUCGGAUUAGACGGAAAAUUGCUUAAUGCAAGCGCAAAUUUGGCUGGAAAUUUCAUCAAUAAAAGUGCAAGUUUAGCUGGAAAUUUAAUACACACUGGUGCUGAUUUUGUUGGACACCUUCUAAAUUCCAGUAGUGGAUUGAUUAAAAAUGCUGUUGAUUCCAAAAUUGCGUUAGAUAAAAAGGUACUUAAUGCCACAUCUGCUCUUGGUCAAGAUCUAGCUCAACUUGGCUUGAAACUUGCCUUGGGUGUGCAUGAAGCUGCAACUCAAGCACUAAAGACUUUUGCUUCUAAUCUUGCAUCGCUCAUUGCCGGAAUUUCACACCACAACGGCACAGGUAAUGCCACAGAUUCACUAACACACGAGGCCUUGGAGAAAGCAUUGCAGGUUCUCAAAAAUGUUAGCACUAGUGCUUUACAAUUGGAAGCCCAAUUGGCUAGUGUAACCGCAAAACUGGAAGCCGCCAAAUUGAAAUAUGGAAGGGAAAUUCAAGAGAAAAUAGUCGAUUGGCUGAGAGAGCAAGUCGACCGUGUGGAAAAUCGCACUGAAGAGGCCGAGAAAAUUAGUCGAGCGAUACAACAUCAUUAUGCCAAUUUGAUUCAGAAUGCUGUCGGCAAGUUUGUAGCUCAACUGGCCCUAUUUGAACAGUCAGUCGAACGAACUAUCAAAGUCUUUAAUAACGCAACUAUCAACUUAGCUCAUGAAGUAGAAAAUGCUUUGAAAAAUGGUUUCAAUAGUUCAGCUCUUGCCUCUGCCUUGCAGGCGCUUGAAGAAGCACCACUUAAAAUACUAGCAUUAAAUGGAAAAACUGAUGAAAUUUUAGCCCUUGGUCAAAAGGCCGCUUUAAAAGUAUCGGAAAUCAUUGCCAAAUUUGAGGCAGAGAAGAUCUCAAUUAUAGGAAAAUUUAAUGCCAUCAUUGCAGAAAAUCUGGGAAAUUUACUCAAAGCUGGUGAUAAUUUUAUUAACAAUUUACUUAAUACCAGUAGUUUAAUUAGCGAGGGUAAUGUCACAUCCAAUAAUAGCCAGAAUAUAGCCAGUUUGGGUAUCCAGAUUGCGUUGGGCUUGCAUGAAGCUGCAAACGAAGCAGUUUUGAGUUUUGCUUCUAAUAUCACAUCCGCGAUUGCUGCCAUUCAAAAGGAGCUUAAAAACGCCACAACUCUAGCCAAGCGUAAGACACUUUCUCAUGCUUUGGUGAUCCUGAAAAAGGUUGGUUCUGCCGCUUUACAAUUAGAAUCGCAAUUUCUUAACGCGACUCAUAAAAUUGAGUCUGCCAAGUUGAAAUUCGCCCAGAAAAUUCAAAAGGAUAUACUAGAUUGGCUCAAGAAUCAAAAGAGCCGCGUAGAGAAUGCCACUCAUGGAAAUGGCACUGAAGCCGCCGAUAAAAUUAUCAAUGACGUCCUUAAACGCUAUGGCAGCCUAAUACACAGUUCCGUAGAGCAGUUUGUAGCCCAUUUGGCCCUUUACGAACAUGCGAUCGUCAAAACCAUCAGUCAUUUUAAUAAUGCAACCUUCAGUAUUGCUCAUGAGUGCCAAAAUAGUACAUCGACCGCUAUUACCUCUGCCCUGAAUGUCCUUAAAAGAGCACCCAUUAAAUUAGUGGCACUGGAAACGCAAACUAUCGAAAUUUUAAACAUUGGGGCAUUGACCGGUUUGCAUGUAACUGCAAUUAUUAAUGAAUUUAAUGCCGAAAAACUUAUUAUUAUUGGAAACUUUAGCAUUAUUAUUGCAAAUAGUGUCGGCCAAUAGCCACAGCAUGCAUAAGAUAAUCAUUUAUUAAUAAAAAUUAUGGGCACAUAUGGUAUGGUUUAAUAUAAGUAAGGUGGUGGGUAGCAGCAAAUCAAUAAAAAUAUAUAUUUUAAUAAACAUAAA